AGCUUGGCAAUAUGGCGUUGUAGGGGCGGCGAAGGCCGCAGCCGCUUUUACUCUUCUAGGCUAUUCUGGGUUUCUGAGGCAGGCCGGUCCGGGUAUGGGCUCUCUGUCGCCGUUCAGCCUCCUGUGGGGACUCCUCCUGCUGCAGGGCGUCCUGAGGCCGCUGCGCGGGGACCCGGUUUUCAUCCCACCUUUCAUCCGGAUGUCCAGCCCUGAGGUCCGAGCGACCCUGGUCGGAGGCAGCGAGGAUGUCGCCGUGUCUCUGACUCCGCUGCAGGUCGAGGAAGGAGUGUUGCCAGUUCCUACUUGUGGCGGCCUCCUCCGCAAUGAGACAGCGGAUUGGAAUGUGACUGUGAGCCCCCAAGAGAGCACGCUGGAAGUGACCAUAAGGUGGAAGAGGGGUCUAGACUGGUGCUCCACAGACGAGACAGCCUCAUUCUCAGAGCCCCCGUGCGUCCUGCAGACGCUGCUGGUUUCAGCCUCCCACAAUGCAUCCUGCUUAGCACAUCUGCUCAUCCAGGUGGAGAUUUAUCCCAACACAUCUGUAACCCACAACGCAUCAGAGAACAUGACUGUCAUUCCUAACCAAGUCUAUCAGCCCCUGGGUCCCUGCCCGUGUGACUUAACAGCCAAGGCCUGUGACAUUCGAUGCUGCUGUGACCAGGACUGUCAGCCAGAAGUAAGAGAGCUGUUUGCACAGUCCUGCUUCUCCGGCGUGUUUGGAGGGCACGUAAACCCUCUGUCCCAUCAUCACUGUGCUGUCAGCACCACUCACCAGACUCCUGACUGGUUUCCCUUCCUGUGUGUGCAGUCGCCACCCUCUACCUCGCCGUUCCUUGGUCACUUCUACCAUGGUGCCAUUUCCCCCAGACAUUCCCCGGGCUUUGAAGCCCAUUUGCACUUCGACCUAAGAGACUUCGCUGAUGCCAGUUACAAGCAAGGAGAUCCCAUUAUGACCACAGAGGGGUAUUUUACCAUCCCCCAGGUGUCUCUAGCUGGGCAGUGUCUACAAGAUGCUCCUGUGGCUUUCCUGAGGAAUUUUGACAGUAUAUGUACCAUGGACCUGGAAGUGCACCAAGGACGAGAUAAAAUUGUCCUCGAGAACACGAAGAUCCGCACAACAGGAGGUCCGGUCACACCAACAGUAACCUAUGAGGAAGCCAUUGACCUGGACAAGUUCAUCACCAGCCCGGACACAAUUUUAAGUGUUGGACCGGCCCCCAGAAACGUGAAUGUGGAAGAACAUUAUGUCUUCAGAUGGCAAAAUAAUUCCAUCAGCGGCCUAGACAUCACAGUCAUCAGGGCAGAAAUCAGUGCCCAGCAGAGAGGAACGAUGACCCAGAGAUUCACAGUGAAGUUUUUAAGCCAUCACAGUGGUGCUGAGAAGGAAUUUUCUGGAAAUCCAGCUGGAAGGGGCCUGUGCACAGCAGCCGCUCUCAGACCCGUUUUGUUUGGAGAAAAUGCCUUCUCUGGCUGCCUGCUGGAAGUUGGGAUUAAGGAGAACUGUACCCAGCUCAGAACCCACUUUUACUACAGUGGUGGCACCUUUGAUCGUCCUCACAGCAGAGUGGGACGGACGGCUCCAGGUGCCGACGCCCCUGAUACAGGUGCCAACCUGCCCUUGAGCAGCGUGAAUGGCGUGUGCCUGGAAGUUCCAGCCCGGCUCUCCAUCCGCAUUCUCACAGCUGAAGCUGGCUCUGUGGAAGGGGUGGCUCAGCGGGAGAUCCUGGCUGUGGAGACAAGGUUUUCCACAGUGACCUGGCAGUACCAGUGUGGGCUCACCUGUGGGGACAAGGCCGGUCUUCUCCCUCUCAGUGCCUCUGUUGAGUUCAUUAAUGUCCCUGCGCAGAUGCCCCACCCCCCUACGAGAUUCCAGAUCAACUUCACAGAGUACGACUGUACCCGGAAUGAGCUGUGUUGGCCCCAACUUCUGUACCCUCUGACCCAGUAUUAUCAAGGUAGGGAAGCCAGGGCCUACUUCCACGGACUGUACCCCUCCUGGGCUGGCAAAUCCACUGUGACAAAGGCAGCUGGUGGUGGCUGGCUGCGACUGAACCAGUAUCUUGUGGGUUAA